AUGAAUGGGGCUAACACAGAGGCAAGUUCUCUGCGCUUGUAGCGAACAGUUUUUAUCCUCAGAGGGAAAAUGUCAGAAAACUUGGUGUUUUAUUCAGAAACAAAGUGUAUCAUGGAGACUGUUAUCCGGGUCGCUGUCGAUGUUAUUGGAAAUUCCAAAGUAGAAAAUGAUGCAGAGGAACAGACUAUGAACCGUAAGCUGGAUUUUGACAGCACUCUGGAGAUGUUAGCAUGUGAGGCAACAAGAAAGAUCAGCACCGUUUUCUCCCAGGUGUCUUUGCUGCUGCUCGCUGAAAACAGGACUCUGAAGGCCAAAGUGGGACAGCUGGAGAGUGAGCUAAAGACCGUGACUGAAAGCUUUGAAAAUGCCAGAGUGUGGAGAGAGAAUGUCCUGAAUGGCUGCCCAGUCCUGUUUAAGCAGAGCGGGCAGGUCUUUACCCUGAAGCCACUGGGGAAGUUAAACAUAAGGACAGAUAAAGUAGCAGAGGGAGGCAGUGGUUCUUCACCAGCUCCUGCUGGAAUUCAAAGAGUCGGUCAUAUAUGUCCUCCUGCUUCUGCAGCUCCUCCAGGGGUGCAGGGUUUCACAGGACCACCACCUCCUGCUGCUGCUGCACGAGUGCAAAGAGUCAACCAGACAUCUGAUGCUGCUGUGCAGAGCGUCUCCACAUCAUCUCCUGCUGCUGAAGUGGAUGGUGGACACGAUGCUGAUUCUUCAGGUUCAGAAGGUGGAGAGGCGAUGGAGGAGCUGAUGGAAGCUGUUUCUUUACCAGGCAAUGGACCGGACGCCACAGCAGAUUGUACCUCCGCGGACUCAGCGGAGCCCGAAUACACCGAGAGCCAAAAGCGUCUGGAAGCAGAGGUUUUGAAGAAAGGCAGAGUGUUUGUGUGUGACAUCUGUAACAAGACUUUUAACCGACUCUUCCACCUGAUGAAGCACAUGAACAUCCACAAAGAGCAGCGGCCUUUUACCUGCGACCAGUGCCCGAGAAAGUUCAGGAACGCAGCGACUUUUGAGUACCACCUGCUGCGACACGAAGAGAAGAAGUAUGCCAGCUACGAGUGCGAGCUCUGCCAGAAGAAGUUCAAAACAAAAAUGGGGCUGAAGACGCAUCAGGUGGUGCACACGGAUGAAAGGCCGUUCGCCUGCUCCACCUGCGGGAAGGGCUUCAAGACCAAAUACAGCCUAAAGUCCCACCAGCUCGUGCACACGGCUGAGAAGCCGCACAAAUGCUCCGAGUGUGGAGAGAGCUUCAAAUACGCCUUCACCCUUCAGUGUCACAGAAGCAUCCACACUGGAGAGCACCCGUACAAAUGCACGGUGUGCGGCAAGGUUUUUAUAAAGAGACGAUCGCUCAGGACGCACCAGGCGGUCCACAGAGGGAAGAUGUUUACCUGUGAGACGUGCGGUGCUGGCUUCACCCUGCCUCAGAACCUGAAGAGACACAUGCACAUCCACACGGGCGAGAGGCCGUUCAAAUGUAAGGUGUGCGGGAAGGGUUUCAUUCAGGCCAACAAGCUGAAAGCACACAUGCUCCUUCACGGCGCUUCAAAGCCGUACAUGUGCGACCUGUGUGGGAAGACGUUUCUGUACAACUGCCACCUGAGGAGACACCAGAGCGUAACUCAUGACGAGAAGCACGGGCAGGUCAUGAGGAGACGGGAGCGGGGCAGGCGCAGAGUAAUCUACCGGCAGGACAGGACGAUAGUGGACGUGACGCCGUUCAGCUGCGGCACCUGUCACAAGGGCUUCGACACUGCGUGUUCCCUGAAGAAACACGAGCUCAUUCACACGGGUCACAUGCAGUACCGUUGCGACCCGUGCGGGAAGUCCUUCUUCUACAAAGCCACCUAUGACUACCACCAGCGGGUCCACUCGGGAGAGAAGCCCUUCGGGUGUGACGUGUGCGGGAAGAGGUUCAUCAUCCGUCAGGCGCUCAAGAUCCAUAAGCUGCAGCACUCUGGAGAAAAGCCGCACAAAUGCGAGCAAUGCGGCAAGGCCUUCCGCAUGUACACGAACUACCAGAGACAUCAGCUGAUCCACACCGGAGAGAAGCCGUAUGAGUGCGAGGUCUGCGGCGUGAGGUUCAGGCAGCUCGGGCACGUCAAGUUUCACAUGCAGACCCACACGGGGGAAAGACCGUACUCCUGCAGCAGCUGUGGACUUGGAUUCUCAGACUCAAGGCUCCUGAAGAAACACAACUGCAGCGAGAAAUUCCAGAAAAUUUUGGGGGACGCACUCACAGCCAUGGCGGACCUGGAGCCGCAGGUUUGCGCCAUUUUGGAGAUAAUGGUGAACGCGGCGGUGUCAGAGAUGAACAAAGUUAUCGGCGCCUCGGAUCCUCCGCGUCCACAAGAGACAUCGUGUGUGGCCGAAGACACGCACGGGUCCCCGGAGGAUAAGGUGAUCCAGUUGAGCGUCUUCAUGUCGUCUCUGGCUCAAGAAGCUGUGGAGAAGAUCUGCCAGCUCUUCCAUGAAUGUUCCUCUGCGCUGCGGCUAGAAGUGACGCAGGGUGUGGCAGAGAUCGAGGACCUGAAGAGGAGACUGGAGGUCGCGGAGACGGAGUUGAAGCUGGCGCUCGAGGGCAGCGGAGGUCAGAAGGACGCGGAGGAGCUGAUGGAGGGAGGCAGCGGGCAAAAGGAGGGGAGGGUGGACGUUGAGGUUGUUCAGCUCGAGCAACGCUCAGGGAGGAAGAGUCGCAGAAGUGUGGUUAGCAGGGACGCCGGAGUGAAGAGAUCGCCCAUAAUUCAUCUGUGGAAAGGCAGAACAUAUGAUGACAGCAUCCAGCCUGUUAUAAUAAAAGAAGAAGGGUUUGAGUGCUCAGCCGACCGGAUGUCGUCUGACUCUGGUCAGUACAGAGAUGAGUUUUGGCAGGAUGAGGACGACCCUGACUACCAGGCGGAACCAGACGAUCCAGAUGAUGCUGACCCAGGAUACACCACCAGAUCCAAGCGUGUUGCAAAGGGAAAGUCCCACCAAGCUCAAGCAAAGAAGGAGAGUCAGAAGGAGCAGCCUCUGAGCUGCAAACACUGCCGGAAAACCUUCACCAAGCUGCUGCAGCUCAAAGCCCACCAGGCCGUCCACGGGGCGAGCGCGGAAAAGCCCUUCCAGUGUUCUCAGUGUGGCCGAGGCUUUGCGUUCCAGCGAAGCCUCAGCGCUCACAUGUUACUGCACACAGGUGAGAGGCCACACACCUGUGAUGUUUGUGGGAAAGGUUUCACCCUGAAGCAGCUCCUGAGAAACCACCAGCGUCUCCACGCUGACGUGCGGCCAUAUCGCUGCGAGCAGUGCGGUAAGAGCUUUUACCGGGCGCACGGCCUGAAGAUGCACCAGAUGGUCCACACUGGGGAGCGUGCCUAUAACUGCCAGUACUGCAACAAACGUUUCACAAUACAAGGAAACCUGCAGCGCCACCUGCGCAUACACACGGGCGAAAAGCCGUUCAGGUGCGAGACUUGCGGCAAAAGCUUCAACCAGGCCGACACUCUGAAAGGCCACCAGCGGAUUCACACCGGCGAGCGCCCCUUCAGCUGCGACACCUGCGGCAAGCGCUUCAUCCAGAAGAGCGCGCUGAAGAUGCACCAGAAGACCUCUCACGUGGACGAGAAGUCGCUCGCCUGCGUCGCGUGCGGCACCACGGUGGCCUGCGUCGACUCGCUGCGCAAACACCUCCAGACGCACGCGGCGACUAUUCCGUGCACCUGCGUGCUCUGCGGCCAGCGGCUCAGCUCCAUCACCGAACUGCGCUCGCACCAGCAGCAUCACACGGUGGACCGGCCUCACAGCUGCGGGCUCUGCGGCAAGAGUUUCAAGUCGUCCAGUUACCUGAAGAUUCACCUGAAAACGCACAGCGGGGAGAAGCCGUUCUCCUGCGACAUCUGCGGUCGCAUGUUUACACAGCAAAGCAGCCUUAAGUCCCAUCAGGUGGUCCACACAGGAGAGAAACCUUUCAGCUGCGACACCUGCGGAAAAUGCUUUAGCAACACCGGCAACUUGAACCGACACCAGCGCAUCCACACGGGGGAGAAGCCGUUCAGCUGUGACACGUGUGGGCGGAGCUUCAACCAGGGCAACAGCCUGAAGGCGCACCAGCAGAUUCACACCGGGGAGAAGCAGUUCAUGUGCGACAAGUGCGGCAAGAGUUUCUCCUACCUGAGGAACCUGAAAGACCACAAGUGCUUCUAUGUCUGAAGCUAAUCUGUGAGGCGAUGUCAGCUCCUGUAAGCUGGAGUCAGGUUAGCUGGGACUGACACUGAAAGCGAUUUUGGUGAUUGUAAAGCUGGCUUUCCCAGAUUUCUUCUGUCACUGCCAAGAAAGUGAUGCAGGUAGAUACGGCGUGGAAUUUGUAAUGGUGGAAAAACAAUGUGUUACAGCAUCUGUCUGUGAGAAUAGCUGACAAAUUGCAUUUCCAACGUUAAAACUGAACGGACAGAGAGAGUUUUAGCUCCUGAUGUGAGUGCAUUUAUCACUGAACUAAGAAAAGCCUGGGUCAAAAUGAUCUUCAGCUUCUUGCCUUUUGUCAGCGUGAUGUACCUGAAAAGCCAAAAGCAGAUUUUUACCACCACAGUUGGUAUUAACGAGCCACAGAAACAGCUGAUCCUUAUUAAAGACGAGGCAUUUUGCAGCAUUUUGCCCUUUGGUAAUGAUUUCUUGUUAUCGCGACUCACUCGCAGAUGGACGGGCCAGAUGCUUCAGCUCAGUGUAACAUUUAAAGCUCUUUGCCAGGGAGACUGAAGUUUGGCUUUUCUUACCUAGCGAACACAUUUUGUAUUGAAACGUGAGUAUUUUCUGUGUGAAUUUGUACCAACUCACCGAUGGUGCUCGCGAUGAGGAUGGGCUGUGUUUGCAUUGCAUCACGUGCAGCACCACCACAGCUCCUUUUCACACGUGUGAAAGCAAGCAAGCUUCACUAUGCAUGAGCAACACGUGCUCGUGCUUUCAGAGGUAGCAUGAACGGUUUUACUUUCCACAGUUACAGUUCUGUCGAAAUAGGAUCGCAAGUCAUUGAUAUUUGGCGCUGUGGCUCUGUUUGAGGUCUUCCCGUCCUUCCGCACAUAUACAUGGAAAGCCUAAAGGCAUUCAGUUUGACUCUGUGGCCUGUUAGAAAAAGUGCUGUGCUCGGUAUAGCGGUAAUCUGUGGCCAGCUGUUGCAUUAUAUUCCUCAUCUGGGCUGUAUAAUGUGUAAAAAUGGGACGUCUGAUCUCGUUGUGCGGCUGAUAUUUAUAACGGUGCAACUCAAAGAGUGCUUUUCUGUCUUUUUCUCUUUUAACAUCAUCUCACAUGAUGACCGUUACUACGUAAAUGCCUUGUAUGCAUACAAAGAACCGGCGUGCUGAGAACAUAACAGACUGAAAGUAUUAUUUUGUGAAAAUACUUUAUUUGUAACUUCUCUUGUGGAGAUGAUAUUCACUCAACCUUGUAACUGAGUUCAAUUCAUAAAACAGUGAAAUGUA